AGCGACACUCCAGUAGCAGCAGCAGCAGCAGCAGCAGGUAUGUAUGUCAGAAUCAGAGUGUAGAAAUGAAGACUUUCCUGGGAUUCCUGUUCCUGACUCUCUGCUGGGAUCAGAUCUACUCACAGUACGCCAGUUCCUGCUCCGAUUGUAAUUCUUAUGCCGUUUGUGACGACAGAUCUGGCUUUGUCUAUUGUUCCUGCAAAAGCGGUUAUAUUGGCAAUGGCUUUAACUGCACCCCAAUAACAUCAUGUGGCACGUCACCCUGUUGCCCCCAAGGGUAUUCCUGGGACAUCAAGACAAAGACCUGUGUGGACAUAAAUGAAUGUUCUGACCCAGUGUUGAACAAGUGUUCCCCCCCAAGUACCUGUGCCAACAGGAAUGGCAUCUACCUGUGUGCCAACAACCGCAACUCCCUGUGCCCUACGUCUGUGUGUGGUAUAGAGCAGGACUGUGUAUCUAUUGGAGGGGCACCUCAGUGUGCAGACCCCUGUGAUAACUAUAAGGAGCUCAAUGGAACCAGCAGACUUUCCACCAUCGACUCCAGUGGCAGGUUCCAGACUGACAGAUUCACCUUUGGUUGGACCCGCUAUGUUGGCAAAGUUGGCGUCAGCAUGAAACAGGGGUGUGUGGGUGCACUGAAGUGCGGUUCUGCUGAGCCCUUCACUCUUGGGGGCCAACACCCAGCUUUAGGGGAAGGAGUGAAGAUGGUGCCGCUUCAAGUCAACAGGAAAACAGGGUGCACCCCUGGAGCUUCCAUUCCUGUCAAAGCCUGUCCUGGUGGUUACUAUGUCUACAAGUUUUCCGGCUCUGUGGCCAGUGAAGUCUUCUGUACAGAUCCAACCACAACUCCAACAACUUUAGCUCCAACCACCCUGAUCACAACCACCUCAGCUACAACUACCACAACUGCACCUUCAACUACUUCAGCUUCAACCACCUCAACUGCACCUCUAACUACAACUACAAUAAAAUCAGAAACAUCUACUGCUGCUGCCAAGACCAGUGCACCAUUUUUACAUGAGAUAGAAGGUUCUGGCUCUGAAGACAACAUUGUUGACAUUUUCAGCACAAAUGUUCCAACGGCAAGACCUUCAACCACGGCUAAAGUAUUUUGCACUUUAUCCUCAGAAAUCCCCAACUUUCUUCAGCUCCUGGAGCAAUUGAAUGGCAUCCUGAAGCAAUUCCCUAAGGGGAAGAACAUCACUGGUGAACUCUCCCAGCUUCAUGAGAAGGUCUGCAACAUCCCUAUUGAUUCCACAAGCAGAGUUCUAGACCAGAUUGCUGAGAAAGUGGCAGAUGCAGUUGGCAGUUUGAUUCAUGAAUUAGUGAAUUAGAAGAAAUACAGUUGUCUUCAUUUUUUAUAGUUUUAAGAUUUUUUGCCUUGGUGUUCUGCCUCUUUGCCAUUUUCAAAUGGUGGUCACUGACCCCAGCAACCAAAAAACUAUUGCUCUGUUGCUUAUCUUUCUGUGAAGGCAUUGUCUGAUUUCUAGGGUAGAAUAGAACCUAGCAACUAACUGCUGGCAUUCCAUUAAGGAGAGCUGCUAAACAAAAGCUAAAUAAAAUUUUAAAAAAAACACAAAAAAAUGAGGACGUAUUACAGCUGUCUCCGAAUUCUACUCUCUACAUACAUACAUAUAUAUAUAUAUACAAACAAUUAUUUUGAAGGUGAACUACCCCUUUAAUGGUCAAAGCUAUAUAUUUACCCUACACCGGUCUAAGUAAAGUGUAUUUUAUAUAUGAGAUAAACCUUA